CUUCUCUUCGAGAAAAGACCGCACAAAAUCCAUCUUCCUCGGAUGAAGAACUGAAAUCGUACUGAACUAUUCCCUCCAAAUUCAAUUCACCCGCACCCGCCCACCCACACAAUGACCGGAAUGGCCCGGCAAUCUCAACCCGCAGACCUUCCUUUCACCAUCACCACCGUCCUCCUCCUCCUCCUCCUCCCCGCCGCAAAAGCAGACAUAGCCGCCGACAGGGCAGCGCUUCUCAGCCUCCGAGAAACCGUCGGCGGCAGAACCCGUCUUCUCUGGGACCCGACCCAACCCGAUCCAUGUUCUUGGUGGGGCAUACACUGCCUCGACGGCCGCGUGGCCCAUAUACGCCUUCCCCGCGGAGGCCUCGAGGGCGAGCUCCCGCCUCAUGCCUUCGGAAACCUUACCCGUCUCCACACCCUCAGCCUCCGCAAUAACUCCAUUUCCGGCCAACUCCCCUCCGAUCUAGGCUCCUGUCUCGAGCUGCAGGUUCUUGAUUUGCAGAACAAUCAGCUUUCCGGCCAUCUCCCGACCUUUUUAUUCGGGUUGAGCAGACUUGCUAGGCUGGACCUCGCCCGAAAUAGCUUCUCCGGCGAGAUUCCGACGGAGUUUAAUAAGCUUCGUAGGUUGAAAAAACUCUACUUGGAAAGGAACCGGCUCACUGGAUCAAUUCCGGAUCUUCCCCCGUUAAAGAAGUUCAAUGUUUCGCACAAUAUGUUGAAUGGUUCUAUUCCUGAGAGCCUUCAGAACUUCCCCGCAGACGCCUUCUACGGAAAUUCACUAUGCGGAGCUCCCCUUCAACCUUGCACCGGCCGCGGAAACAAGCUGUACUGGGUCACCGUCGUUCAAAUUGUGGUCAGCGCGGUGAUCUCUCUACUAUUACUCACUACAAUUCUGUGCAAAAAAUUGAGACGAGAGAAGGCGGCGUCGGCGGUAGGGAUGUUGCCGCCGAGAAACCAACCAGAAGUUGAGAUCCCGAUCAGGAAAAGUAUUAAUGAAGACAGAGAAUACGAGGGUUCCGGUGAUGAGGCGGUUGUGGGAGCCGCCGGCCACGGCGGGGAUAAAAAGUUGAGGGUGUUGGGAGAUGGCGCUGUUGUUGAAAGUCUUAGAAUGGAGGCGUUGUUGGAGGGUCCGGCGGAGGUGUUAAGCAGGGGAGCGUUCGGGACAAGUUAUAAGGUGGAGGUGGUGGGAGGGCGAGAGAUGGCAGUGAAGAGGUUGAGAAAUGUGUGUGUUGCAGAGGGAGAAUUCAGAGAGAGGGUGGAGGAGUUGGGGAAGAUGGUUCAUGGGAAUUUGUGGCCUCUCAGAGCUUACUUCUAUGGCCGGGGUGAGAAGCUUAUUGUCAGUGAUUAUGCUCCCGCGGGAAGCCUCUCUUCUCUUUUGCAUGGAACGGCAGAAACACAGAGGGCUCACUUAAGCUGGGAAACGAGGAGCAGAAUCGCCGCAGGCACAGCCCACGGCAUUGAAUAUCUGCACAUGCAAGGCAUAUCUCACGGCAACAUCAAGUCAUCUAACGUUCUCUUCAGCAGUCACAGCGGCUCCCCGCAUUUCUCCAGCUCCCGCAAGCCUCACGGCUGCCCCCAUCUCUCCGAUUACGGCAUAUCCCAAUUGGCUUCCCCCGAUUCCGCUCCCACAACCCUCGCCUAUUGCGCUCCGGAGGUCGGUGACGCUUUCAGAGUUACCCAGAAAGCCGAUGUGUACAGCUUCGGCGUUCUGCUUUUUGAACUGGUGACCGGAAAGAAGCCCGGAGAGGAAGGGGUUCCGCCGCGAAAAUGGGUGGAGUUCGCUGGCCAAGGUAAGUGGACGGUGGACCCUCAGCUUUUCCAGUACCGGGAGUACUGCGAGGGGCAAAUGGUUUUGGUUUUGAGGCUUGCGGUGGCUUGUACUAGCUUGGAUCCUGAGAGGCGGCCGGCGAUGAGUGAGGUGAGGAGACAGGUUGAGGUGAUAUGCGAACUUAGACGGUGAGCAUACAUGAACGGGAUCAGGACAGGCCGGUA